GCAUAAUUAUAAUUUCAGAUUUAUGAAUGAAAAAUAUGUCUAAUCAUUUUCUAGUGAUUUUAACUCUAGGGAUUAUUUUAUCCCUUGCUCUAACAACAAGUGCUUUAUGUGAGGAGGAAAAUAUUUCAUUGGAUGGACAGGCACACUCAACUUCUCCAGCCAAUUCAUCAACUGAUUGUCAACUGAUUUGUGACAACACCCGCUGCUCACAUUGGGUUUGGAAAAAUGGCGAUUGUACACUUUUAAGGAUUGCAGACCCUGGAAAAAAGGUUGGGACACUAGGAGCGGUGGCUGGUAUUAAAGGUGGAAACUCUUGUACAUUAAAGACGAGAGGUGUUCAGUGCCACUAUAUUGGAUCAAGGGAUCCAGUUAUUUGUCUUUUCCCAUUUAUUGGAGAGACCCCUGGUGUAAAAAAUGCCUCGACCCAGCAUGAGUCCUGCCUUAAAUCUAAAAAGGGUCAUUUUUGGUGUGCAACAAAACUAGGUUUGGAUAAUAAACUGCUGGCUACGAGUGAUCAGACCAAGGAUGUUGAAUGUGGAUUGUCAACUAGCAAUCAAGGUAGCUUCUACUGUUUAUCUGAGUCUAGUUGUCCAACUAUGAUCUCGGUUCAGGAGAGGGUUGCUCAGCUAGAGAAACUGAACAGGGAUCUGCAGAACCAGUUGACCAAGGCGUGCACAGGAAACCAGACUUCAGGAACAUCAUCAGGAGCAGCAUCAGGGACUACAGCAGCACAAAGAGCACCAGGAACCGGAGCACCAGGAACACCAAGGGCACCAGCACCAGGAGCAUCUAGUCCUAAUUCUUGCCAAGGAAGAUGCAAUCAACCUGCAGCCAUAGGACAAUGUGAUUGUAGUUCUAGCUGUGUGGGGUUUGGAGAUUGUUGUUCAGAUUAUUCAUCAGUUUGCUCUGUCCAGAGUUCUGUUGCUGAAAGCUGUCAAGGAAAAUGUGGAGAUGUGUUCAAUAACAACCAAGUUUGUCAGUGUAACUUCAACUGUGCCAGUUUUAACAAUUGCUGUGAUGAUUUCUCAAAUGUUUGUUCCUCUUCUUCUUCUCCUUCUGCCAGACCACCUGCUCCUUCUUCAGGAGGGGCUAGACCCUCAUCACCCCCAACAAGUGGUGGAGCAACAUCUGCAGCAAGACCUGGAGUUGGUGCUGAUCCUCUUCUAGGCGUGGUUACUGAAUCUCUCCUUGCUUUAGAUGAGAAUAAUGUGAUGGAUAAGAUUACGUUGACUACAGGUUGUACAACACGAGUUGGUCGGCCAACAGACUGCUCUUCUCAAAACCUGUUUACACAAGUUGAUACUUCUAUCUUUAGGAAACCUGUUUAUGAAAAGCUGAUUGCAAUGUAUGAAAAUUAUGAUCCUGAUAUUACUAAGACUGAGGAUAUAACGACUGCUGAAAGAAGAGAAGAACAAGAUUUUAUAGAAGAAAUCAUGAAAACUAAAGUCAUGAAGGAAACAUUAAGCUUUCUACGAGCUCAAAAAUACUUUACUAAAUCAGAAACAGACUUUAAGAAGCUGCUUGAAGAACUGUGGUUUGGGGUGUAUAGCAGAGGAAAUAGAAUCCUUGGAUCAAGUGGAUUCGAACAUGUUUUCCUCGGAGAAAAGAAGGAUGGCAAGGUUCAAGGAUUUCACAACUGGGUUUACUUCUACUUCCUAGAGCAGCGGAAACAAGUGAACUAUCUUGGACAUUGGGAGAAGAUAGAUUUAGGAGGCAGGGGCACUGGACUCUCCUUUACCUUCCUUUGGGGUCAAGAGCAGAAACCCUAUGCUUCAAUGCUAGUUGGAACCUCUCCUGAACUAGAGAUUGCGGUUUACACAAUCUGUCUUCUGGCUAAGGGAGAAGAAAAAUGUAACAUCAGCCUUGGAGGGCAGAAGGUUGAAAUAGAGGUUCAUGUAUUCAAUAGACCCAGGGGGGUUAGGUAUAUUGCCAGCUCAUUCAUGAACUGGAGUUAAGCUGGAGAACAGUAAUAAACUGAGCCUGGAAUUUAAAAGAGUAUCGUUGAUCGAUCCUCCCAAGUUUCCUUUUUGAAUUCUGUAAAUUCUUGUAGUUUUACGUAAAAAAAAUGAGAGAACAUGUAAACAAAUUUUUUACAAAUUUUUGAGAUAUCCACAAAAAAUCAGGCUGCAAGGAUACAUGCAUUAGAAAAUUUGAGUUUGUUGGAAUUGGACUCUAAAUCCUUUGAAUUUCUCUUUUCCAAUUUGGGAAUUUUGCAAAUCUUACCUUUAUGCUGUAAACUUAAACUUUCGUAAAAUAAACUAUAAUACCUUGCAAACAUUA